CACUUAUUACUGCUGCUUUGCAAGAGGCGUCGAAGCACAUGAAACUUGACUAUCAAGUUUCUACCCAAGAACUUGGCUCCCAAGCCAGUGCUUUUGUUCAAAACAACGGUCGAUUUUGUGGCAUAAUGGAAAUUUCUCCCUACGUCCGCAUCUUUCGCCAAGUUUAAGCCGCAAAACCUCCGCGCGCUAAAACUUGGAUCCCACGAACUCUAGACGAGGUUCAAAGCUCCAAAGCAUUCCGCCCCGUCUGAUCCCGCCUCUACUUCGAAUCCGCCCAAAUCGAAAAAAUCGCAGUGGUUCUUCUUAAUCGCAGCAGCCCGCACCGGCUGCCGUGGUGGUUGCUGCUGCGGCGGGGAGCUCGCGCCCGAGGGCCCGAUCCGCGCCAUGGAGGAGCCGCUUGAUGAGAAGGAUUUGGAAAGGAAGCUGAAGAAAGAGCAGAAGGCGAAAGAGAAGGAGGAGAAGAAGCUCAAGGCGAAGCAGAAGGAGGCGGCCAGGCUACAGGUCCAAUCAGCAUCUGAUGGAGCUAACAAGAGUGAGAAGAAGCAAAAGAAGAAAGGCGCCACCAAUGAGAAUCCUGAGGAUUUCAUUGAUCCAGAUACUCCCACUGGACAGAAGAAACUGAUUGCUUCUCAAAUGGCCAAACAUUACAGCCCGUCUGCUGUUGAGAAAUCGUGGUAUCCUUGGUGGGAGUCAUCACAGUAUUUUGUAGCAGAUGCCGCAAGCUCAAAGCCACCGUUUGUAAUAGUCCUGCCACCUCCAAAUGUGACAGGACCCCUUCACAUAGGCCAUGCAAUUACAGUGGCAAUUGAGGAUGCUAUGAUCCGCUGGCGGAGGAUGUCAGGCUACAAUGCUUUGUGGAUUCCUGGAAUGGAUCAUGCUGGUAUAGCUACACAGGUCGUUGUGGAAAAGAAGAUCAUGCGUGAGAGGAAGCUGUCAAGGCAUGAUCUAGGGCGUGAUAAAUUUCUAUCUGAGGUCCACAACUGGAAAGAUCAGUAUGGUGGCACCAUAUUGAGACAAUUGCGUACGCUUGGAGCCUCGCUUGACUGGUCGCGCGAAUGUUUUACAAUGGAUGAGCAGAGAUCAGAGGCUGUAACAGAAGCGUUUGUUAGGCUAUACAAGGAAGGUUUGAUAUAUAGGGAUAUUCGUCUCGUGAACUGGGAUUGCACGCUCCGUACAACAAUUUCUGAUAUCGAGGUUGACCGUGUUGAUCUCAAGGCAGAGACUUUGUUAGAGGUCCCUGGUUAUAGCAACCCAGUUCAGUUUGGUGUUUUGACAUCUUUUGCCUAUCCUCUAGAAGAAGGAUUGGGUGAAAUUAUCGUUGCAACAACUAGAAUAGAAACUAUGCUCGGUGAUACCGCUAUAGCUGUUCAUUCUCAGGAUGAAAGAUAUAAGCAUCUGCAUGGAAAAUAUGCCGUCCAUCCGUUUAAUGGCCGAAAACUUGAAAUAAUUUGCGCUGAUGACUUAGUGAAAGCCACUUUUGGUACUGGCGCUGUCAAGAUCACACCAGCUCAUGAUAGCAAGGACUUCAAGGUUGGGAAACAGCAUAACCUGGACUUUAUCAAUAUUUUCACUGAUGACGGGAACAUAAAUGAAAAUGGAGGUCCACAAUUUGAAGGAAUGCCACGUUUUACCGCUCGAGCUGCUGUUAUUGAUGCACUAAAGGAAAAGGGUCUAUACAGAGGCAUGGAAAAUAAUGAUAUGGAAUUAGGACGUUGUUCGAGAACUAAUGAUAUUGUGGAGCCAAUGAUCAAGCCCCAAUGGUUUGUUAAUUGUAAUACCAUGGCAAAGGCAGCUCUUGAUGCUGUGAAAUCCAAAGAGAUAGAGAUCAUUCCACCACAAUAUGAGCAAGACUGGUACAGGUGGCUUGAAAACAUACGCGAUUGGUGUAUUUCAAGACAACUUUGGUGGGGACACCGUGUACCUGCUUGGUAUGUGACAUUAGAAGAUGACAAAGAGAAAGACAUGGGUUCGUACAUUGACCACUGGAUAAUCGCAAGAAAUAAAAGUGAUGCAGUACUGGAGGCAAAACAGAGGUACCCAAAGAAGAAAUAUCAGUUGGAUCAAGAUCCUGAUGUGUUGGACACAUGGUUUUCAGCUGGUCUUUUCCCCCUAACUGUACUUGGUUGGCCGGACAAUACAGCUGACCUUAGUACUUUCUACCCUACUUCUGUACUUGAAACUGGAUUGGACAUCCUCUUCUUUUGGGUAGCAAGGAUGGUGAUGAUGGGAAUGCUACUCCACGGUGAUGUGCCAUUUCGAAAGAUUUACUUGCAUCCAAUUAUUCGUGAUGCACAUGGCCGCAAAAUGUCCAAGUCACUAGGAAAUGUCAUUGAUCCCAUUGAUGUAAUAAAUGGUAUAACACUGGAAGGUCUUCAGAAAAAGUUGGAACGCGGCAAUCUGGACCAAGGCGAAUUGGAAAAGGCAAAAGAAGGUCAAAAGAAGGAUUUCCCUGAUGGUAUUCCUGAGUGUGGUACUGACGCCCUUCGUUUUGCUCUGAUCUCCUACACUUCUCAGGUUAUUCUUAUUGCUAGUUUUCCCCAUUUCUCUGAUUAUUUUUAUUGCAAACCUCUAGUACUAAAAUUUCUCAUUUUUUACCAGUCCGACAAGAUAAACCUGGAUAUCAAGCGAGUGCAUGGGUACAGACAAUGGUGCAAUAAACUGUGGAACGCCAUUCGUUUUGCGAUGGUUAAGCUUGGAGAUCAGUACACUCCACCAGCAACUCUCGCGGUGCAUAGUAUGCCGCCCAUCUGCAAAUGGAUACUCUCAGUACUUAGUAAGGCUGUUGGCAAGACCGUGUCAUCAUUAGAAGCAUAUAAGUUCUCCGACGCGACGUCAUCUAUAUACUUCUGGUGGCAAUACCAGCUUUGUGAUGUCUUUAUAGAAGCAAUUAAACCUUACUUCAAUGGAUCUCAAGAGUUCGAAUCUGCAAGAUGUGCUUCUAGAGAUACACUAUGGGCAUGCCUGGACACUGGUUUGCGUCUUCUCCAUCCAUUCAUGCCUUACAUAACAGAAGAGCUUUGGCAGCGCCUUCCUCAGCCUAAGGAGGCUUGUAGGAAAGAUUCCAUUAUGAUAUCAGAAUACCCCUCAGCUGUACAGGAAUGGGCAAAUGAUGAAGUUGAGAACGAAAUGGAGAUUGUGUUAGAUGCCGUGAGUAAGCUGAGAUCUCUCCUGCCACCAACAGAUAUACAUCUAAGGCGCCCAUGUUUUGUGCUCUGCCGAAACCUAGAGGUUGCAGCCACUGUUGGAUGCUACCAAGCUCAAAUUGCAACGCUUGCUUCUGUAUCAUCUCUUGAGAUCCUGACAGAGGAUGAUCCAACUCCACCCGAUUGUGCCACAAAUAUUGUAAACAAAGAUCUAGCCGUGUAUCUCCAGCUCCGGCGGGCUCUCAACACGGAAGCUGAACAUGAGAAGCUUAGGAAGAAGAGAGAGGAAGUUCAAAAGCAAUAUGACACCCUGUCACAGAAAAUGAGUGCAUCAGGCUACCGUGAGAAGGCCCCACAGAGCAAGCAGGAUGAUGAUAUGAAAAAACUUGCUACUCUGUUGGAGGAGCUCGAGAUCAUCAGCGAAGCUGAGAGUAAACUGGAUGCAAAAAACUGACAAAUUUUUUGUGACUCAAUAUUUUGAAAGCCUGCAAAUAUGAUUGACAUGCAUCUAGAUGGACGAUCCUCGGCACCCUGUACAAUCACUCCCACAGUUGUCACUGUUUGUAAAAAGCCUCGUCCAAGCAAUUUUGGAUAUGUUAGCACAUGUAACGUGACAUGCAUCUAGAUGGAUCAUCCUCAUCACCUGAUACACUCAACACCCCCCAUAGUUGCGUUGUGAAGGCUCACUGUUUGUAAAAAGCCUCGUACAAGUUUUUAUAUAUAUAUAUAUAUAUACCUUAGUAUGUGUGACAUG